AUGACAAGCUACAAGAGCGCACAUGCGUUCGAGAACAUGCACGCAAGUGGCCUCCCAGGGAGACCGCCUCUGCCAAAGAACGCCGCUCCAAACUUCUCCAUCGGAUCCUCCUCUGGUAACAACAACUCUCAUAAUAACAACAACGAUACCACCUACGAAGGAACACCCACGACCAUAGGAAGGAAACGAUCCGACUCGACCACCUCGACAAACUUCUUUGGCCACCAGUCCUACUCUCACCCUCACUCGAUCGGACAGCACUCCUCUCAGGCCGCCUUCUCCACCUCCUUCGUCCGCGAACAAUCUCUUGCCCUUGGAAAUCUCGAACGGCGGCAGUCCUUUGACUCUGAGGCUAUCAUCUCCCCAGGAAACAACAGCAACAACAACAACAACUCGAGUAGCCUUUCUUGGGCCUCCAACACCAACUCUACUAGCACCCCUUCUGGUCACCAGUCCAACAACAACAAUGUCAACAACAGCGAUGCUGCCUUUGGCCAUCGUCUGCCUGCGAACAGCACUAGCAACAUCAACAACAGAAAGAGGGACGGCGCCGACCGAAGCCCACCUAGUGGCCUGAGCUUAUUGCUCAAGACCAAGGAACAGGAAGAUUCCAAAGACAAGAACCCUUCUUCGUCCAGAUCCAAUGAUACCAGCACUGCUUUUGGAACCGGAACUGGAUCCCCCGGUCGCAAACAUGGCUCCCUUUCACCUCCUCCAGCUCCCAUCGAAACCAAGCAAAUCGGAUUCAAUCGAUCCAAACUUGCGAACGGGGAAGUCUCCUUUGGAGGAGAAUCGUCCGCUCCGGCCUCAGAGACAGAUCGUCUGCUCUCACGUCAUCCUGCAGAUCAGGCACAGUCGACUUCCGCUUCUCAGGGUUACAACACCAUCACCCCUCCCGCCAACAGACCCCUCGACGAACAAGACGAAGAAACACUCGCUUCCGUCUGGAAUGAAUUUCGCUCAACAAAGUGGACUUGCAAGGUCGCCACGCAAAAGUUUGUCUACGACCCUCUUGGCUACAUCCCUGCUGUCAUCCUCGGUCUCUUGCUGAACCUCCUGGAUGCUAUUUCUUAUGGUAUGAUCAUCUUUCCUCUGAACGUGGCUCCAUUCCAGGAUCUCGGCCCCGAUGGUAUCUCAAUGUUCUUUGUCAGUUGCAUUAUCUCUCAGCUGGUCAUCUCUCUCGGUGGAAGUGCCUUCAAGGGAGGCAACGGUAGCAUGAUGAUCGAGGUGGUGCCAUUCUUACAUAUUAUGGCAGAAACUGUUGUUGCAAGAGUUGGUGCUGAGAACAGGGAUGCAGUUUUGGCGACGACCAUUCUGGCGUAUGCCCUGAGUUCAUUGAUGACUGGUGCCGUCUUCAUGGCCCUCGGAUAUUUCAAGCUGGGCUCUUUGAUCGCCUUCUUCCCCCGUCACAUCCUGGUCGGAUGCAUUGGUGGUGUCGGUUGGUUCUUGAUCGUUACUGGAUUCGAGAUCUCGUCGAGAAUGACAAGAGAGUUCACCUACUCCUGGGAGACCUUCAAGUUCCUCUUCUUUGACCACCAUGUCUUUGCCCUCUGGUCCACAGCCUUUGGCGCUGCUCUCAUCCUCCGCGUCCUCCAGCAUAAGAUCAAACAUCCCUUUUUGGUCCCUACCUUUUUCAUGGUCGUCCCCGGCAUCUUCUACGCUGUUGUGUGGGUGUUUGGAUUGGACUGGGAGAUGCUUCGUACUCAGGGCUGGGUCUUCCCCUUACCUGAGGGCCAUGCUCCUGGCUGGCAAUUCUACAGCUACUUUGAUUUGGAAAAGACGAACUGGGGCGCCAUUCUGGAGACUGUUCCUGCUAUGCUGGCCUUGACUUUCUUUGGUAUUCUCCAUGUCCCCAUCAAUGUCCCCGCCUUGGGUGUUUCGACCGGUCGUGACAAUGUCGACACCAACAGAGAGUUGAUUGCUCACGGUUGGUCCAACAUGAUCAGUGGCGGAAUGGGAACAGUUCAAAACUACCUCGUCUACACCAACUCGCUUCUCUUUAUCAAGUCGGGAGGUGACAGUCGUGUUGCUGGUACCAUGUUGGCUGCUGCUUCUGUCGCUAUCUUCUUGAUCGGCCCAUGGAUUGUCGGAUACAUUCCUGUCAUGGUCGUUGGAUCCCUCAUUUUCCACUUGGGUAUGGAUCUUGUCAAGGAGGCCCUCUGGGACACCUGGGGUCUGGUCCACCAUCUGGAGUACUUGACCAUUGCCUUGAUUGUCAUCGCCAUGGCUGCGUUCGGUUUCGUCGAGGGCAUCUUCAUGGGAAUCCUUUUGGCCUGUGUCUUCUUUGUGGUCUCCAACUCGCGCAAGGAGGGAGUUCGAUUCUCCUGCACCGGCGAGAGUGCCAAGAGUACAGUCCGUCGUGUGUACAGACAGCAAAAGUUCUUGAGACAGGUCGGACGCCAAAUCUACAUCUUCAAGUUGCAGGGCGAUAUGUUCUUUGGAACUAUUAAUCAGGUCGAAAAGGAGAUUCAGGAUGUCUUUUCCAGGAGACGCUGGAAGGACAACCCCAUUCAAUUCCUUGUUCUGGAUUUCUCGCUGGUCCGCAACGUCGACUUUUCGGCUGCUGAGGGCUUUGGAAGAAUCCGCAGAGCUGUCCAACGUUAUAACGUCUGCUUGGUCUUGGCUGGAUUGGAUGAGGAGGGCGAGGUCGGCAAGGCUCUUCAUAUGGUCGGUGUCUGGGGUGCUGGUGCCGGAGCUGGUUUGGGCGAGGGUCACGGACAUGGACAUGCUGCCACUGGCGAGGACAAGUACCCUACUCAAAGCUUCCCUGGACUGAGCGAGGCAUUGGAGUACUGCGAAAAUUGUCUUUUGGAGAGCUACUACCGCACUCGGGAGUCGACUCUGGAAAUGGCCAAGCGCAAGCGAUUGAUGGAGGUUGCCAACCAGGACGACAGCAGCGAUGUACUUUCGCCCGAUUCAGAGGCGACCCACUUUUUCUCUGAGCACAUGGAAAACUCGCCCCGCAAGAGCCACCUCUUCGAAGCCGCCCGCAAGACUCUCCACGCUAAUGAGCGGCCGUUCCCUCUUCCUAUCAACUUGCAACAGCCUGUGCCCUCGCUGUUGGCAGCAUUCCACGACACGCGCGAGAACUCCGUUGACUUUUUCUUGAGACUCAGCAUGUACUUCGAGCGGAGAACAGUGCUGGCAGGAACGAUCCUUUGGCGCCAAGGCGGUGCUCCUACGGACGGUAUUUAUUUGGUUGAGGACGGUACUUUGCGGUCAGUGCAGGAGUUCCAGGACAGCGGAGCUAUCCGGAGGAGUGUUGAGGUGGUGUUGCCAGGCACGAUUUCUGGUGAGCUGGGAUUGUUCACGGGCAACAACCGGAUGUCAACCGUUGUCUCUGAAACGGAUGGUAUCCUCUGGGGAUUGAGCCAGGAGCGUUUCCAGAAGAUGGUCAAGGACGAUCCUACCCUUGCUGUGGAGUUCAUGCGCGUCGCCAUGAGCUACUCUGCUGAGCGACUCAACACGAUGACUGCCUAUGCCUUCAGUCUUAGCUAG